UUGUCACGUGGCGAUCACCACUGACAUUAUUUCUGGACUCCUGCAGGAAGCUCACGACCAACUCGCCCUCCUUGCUUUCUCUCCCUCGCUCGUCAUGUCGAUCCAAGGCCAGCUUCUUGAGGUCACAGUGGUUGGAUGCAACAAGUUGAAGGACACCGAGUGGAUAUCGCGGCAGGACCCCUAUGUAAUCCUCGAAUACGCCACCACCAAGUUCCGAACUCGCACCUGCACAGAUGGUGGCAGGAACCCCAGCUUCCAGGAGAAGACGGCCCUGUCUCUUAUAGAAGGUCUUCGCGAGAUCAGCGUCUCGGUCUGGAAUAGUAACACUGUCUCCUACGACGACUUCAUCGGCAGUGGCAGGGUGCAGCUGAGCAAGGUCCUUGCUCAAGGAUACGAUGACUCUUGUUGGUCGAUCCAGUCAAGAUCUGGCAGGUACUCUGGUGAGGUAAAACUUAUCAUGCAUUACGCAAACGCUGGAAAAGCAGAGAAACCUGCCAAGUCUGCCACGCCUUCAAGCUAUGCUCCGACCGCUCCUCCGUACAAUCCAGCACCGCAGUACGCUUCUCCAUACAUGCCCCCAAAAGCAGUAGAUUCUUUCUCUUAUCCUCCGGCAGCCUACCCACCAGCAGGAUACCCGCAGGUGCCCGAUCCUGCCCUGUAUCAGCCGGCAAUAUACCCUCCUCCCCUGCUGCAGCAGCAGUACCCUCCGACAUAUCCACCCACCCAAACAUACCUGCCACCGCAGCCAUACCCUCCGCCACCAGGCCAGCCCUGUUACCCUCCAGCUUAUCCAGGAGUCUAUCCACCACCACCAUACUAAGGUGGCGGCAGCUGCAGCGGGGAAUGACUUGUGAUUCUUGUUUGUGUUUGUUGAAAUGCCUGCUGAGCUAGGAUUGGAAUGGGCACAAUAGAGAAACGCAAUGUCAUAAACAUCUAGGAUUGUACUACUUCCUGAUGACAUGUUUCUAUAUCAGAAAUGUUGUUUCCUGCUACUCUCAACUUUGCCGUCUCUUUAAGCGGGGAAAUGUUCCAUGAUCUCCUACUUGUUGCUGCCAUGGAAUAUCAUUCACAGUUUGUAUGGCCUCUUUGAUGUAUCAGAGUUGUUACGGUUCACAUCUA